UCUGUUGCAUUACAGUCAGAAAUUUAUAGUCUAUUGUCACCAACUCACCACCGUCCACCGCCCCACCGCCACCGUCCUCUACCCAAUUUUGGCCGGAAUUUUGAUUUUUGGAGGAUUAAUUCAGAGGGGAAAAGAAGAAGAAGAGAAGAGAAUCAGAGAUGAGCUUUCAGGAUCUCGAAUCGGGUCGGGCGGCCGGGCCGCGGCGUGGAUACGUGAGUGUGAAACAGGACCCGCUCCAGGCUCAGGUUUUCCAGAUCAACACUGCCGUCUCCAGAUUCCAGAUGCUCAUCAAUUCCCUGGGGACGGCUAAGGACACCUCAGAGCUACGCGAUAAAUUGCACAAGACAAGAGUGGAGAUUGGACAUUUGGUGAAAGAUACGGCUUCCAAGUUAAAGGUAGCAAGUGAAACAGAUCAUGGUGCCGGGAUCAGUGCUAACAAGAAAAUUUCAGAUGCCAAACUUGCUAAAGAUUUUCAAGCCAUUUUGAACGUGUUUCAAAAGGCACAGAGGCUUGCCGCUGAGAAGGAAACAGCGUAUAAACCUAUUGCUCCUCCUCCUCAAACUGUUGUUUCUUCCAGUUACACGUCUACUGAGAUAGAUGCUAGUGCAGAUCGGAUUUCUGAGCAGCAAGCUCUCCUCGUGGAAUCUAAGAGACAAGAGGUAGUGCUUUUGGACAAUGAGAUUGCCUUUAACGAGGCUAUCAUAGAGGAGAGAGAUCAAGGGAUACAAGAAAUUCAGGAACAGAUUGGUGAAGUAAGCGAAAUUUUCAAGGAUCUUGCUGUACUAGUUCACGACCAAGGAGCCAUGAUCGUUGAUAUUGAUACAAAUAUUGAGAACUCUCACGCUGCAACUGCCCAAGCAAAAUCCCAACUUUCCAAAGCUGCAAAGUCACAACGAUCAAAUUCCUCCCUGAUGUGCCUACUCCUGGUGAUAUUCGCUGUUAUCCUCAUCAUCGUGAUCAUAGUACUUGCAGCAUGAACACUCGGCCUCGAGAGUCGAGACAGUCGAAUAAAAACCUUGGAACUCUGCUCAGCAAUGGAGGCAGAAUGCAGUUUUGGCAAUUUUGGGAAAAAUUCAAGAAAUGUGGUGACCUGAUUUUACUACUUUGUUCAUUUUUUAGAGUGGCUGUUCAUUUGUAAAUUCUUUGGUUUGUGAUUCCAUGGGGUUUUUUUUUUGCCACGUACUGGCAAAGUCUCUCAAUAAAAUGUAGAUUUCUUUAUCUACACUUGACUAAAUAUGAGAUUUGUUUGUUCGUUUCUUUGUCA